GUUUCGGGGUAGCGUUGAGAGGUGGCGCUUCGAGUCGGUCACUCUCGAGGCGUGGAAAACGCGAAAGCGUGUGUGUGUGUCGGGUUUAAAUUGUGGUAGCGCGCCGGCCGGCAGCCGUCAGUCAGUUACGCUGGCACUUCGCGCACGACCGCCGUUUGGUUAACAUCAUCGCGGUGAUGAUGAAAAGAAAAAAAAACUUCAUUCGAUAGUUGAACGCGAAAAUGCAGUUUUUUUAUUGCCGGUUAUUAUUUUAUUUCGUACGGUGAUCGCAAGGUGACUACGUAUCGCAGAUGGAGAAUCACGCGAUAAUAACGAACGAAACGUCGCGGAGUGCAGAUGCAAUUGUUGUUCGCCAAUGCAACUCUUGCAAAAUAAUAACUUAUCAUUAUUUUCGUACGCGGUAAAUUAGGUUUCGUCCGAUCCGCGGCGAUCGUACGUACGAUCGCAAAGCUUCGUAGUUUAAAAAAAAAUAAAUAAUAAUUUUGAAAAGAAAAAAAAGUAAAAACUACUUAAAAAAAUAGUAUUUCAACUACUUAAUAAUUUUAAUUACUAUUGUAUCGCUUCACUUCGUUUAUUUUCUAUCUUUAUACCGCGCGUUUAUGAUUUUUACUUAUUUAAAAAAUUCGCUGCUGCGUUAAAAAAAAAAAAAACAUAAAAACAUAAAAAAAAAAUAAAAAAAAAACUUCAAGUGUUCGAAUCGUGAUGUGUGUACUCGUCGGCAUUGCUCGAGUGAUCGUUGAUGAAUCUAUGGAACAAUUAGUGGUGAAUUAAAUCGGUUAGCGAGGCGAUGCUAAGAUACGUCAAUGAAUAAACGAAGGAGCAACGGAGGCGUACAAUUCUCAAUGGCAUUUGAAAUCGACGAACCGUUGAACGGAUAGAUAAAUAAACCAACUAACGAUCAAAUUAUUCAAAUGUUAUGUUCGGAGUAGCGCGGUGUUUAUCGGUUAAAAUUAAAAACGACAAUAACGAAAUAAAUAAUCGACAUGCCGUUCGUCGUGAGAAAAGUGGAACCCCGAUUACUUUGCAGAGGUCAUGUGCCACCUGGAACACUUCCCGGCGCCGGAGACGAAUUGGAUUCCGUGUCCCACGGUGCGUUGACCGGUUGUCUGAAACAAUUGGCCUCGGUUUUAACGCUGGCCGAGGAUAUAUUCGCCGAAUUGACGUCGGAACUGGCCAAUAUAGCUGACAGAAGCGGUUCCCUCAGGCGAAGAGUCGACAAAAUCGAGGAACGCCUGGGAACGAUCGACCCCAAGAAGAUUCCAGUCCCGGAGUCCGAUAUAUCGACGUUCGCAUCGCGCAAGGAGCAUUUUCGCGCCACCAAUGACCUCGAGACGACCCUUUUCACCGCCGAUAGCAGGCCGAAAAUUCUACGGGAACUUUACGAGGCGGCGGCUGUCGUGGCUGUACGGAGUUUGGACUCGAUCGGACGGGACGCCGCCAACGAUCCCACGGAAUUGUAUCUCUGUACACCUGUUCUCGGAAAGAGGAGGGCCGACGUCGAUACCCUCGACAUCGAAUCCAGAGUCCCGGCCGCCAUAGAAGAUCUACGCAGAUGGACGUCGACGGAAGCCCUCGGCGACGUGACGGUACCACCGGAUUGUAUGUCAAGGAUCCUGGCCGACACCACCGACGGCGACGCCGUGGACCACAAGCUGCCCAGUCCCGAAGAACAAGUGCAAGCUGUCGCCCUGAAAUUCCCCGCCGAACUGGUGGCCGUCGACGUGAGCGGAAGAGGUUUCGAGAGGAUGUCCGUAAGACGACGUUCCCUGUUGGCGACCGUCGGACAAGAGACACAUGAAUCGGCUAUAAAAAGGAGGUCGCGACCUCGCCGACCGAGAGGGAAGAGACGCAACACAAUCGCGGGAAUCGAUCAGAAGGAGAUUCGCCAGGCGAUCGGAGGCGAAACGACCGCGGAGGGUCCGGAGGAAGAGGAGGCGUCGGCGUCGACGAGCGGCGGCGGCGGCAGCGGCAGCGGCAGGGCGCACAGAUCGGCCAGCACGGAUAUACUGGGUUCGAAGAAGGACUCGCCGUCGGAGAAGAAGUCGCACUUCAACACGCUGAAGGCUUGGGGUAUGUCGCGGUUGAAGUUGAUCGGUCCCAAGUCCAAUCAGACGGCGCAGGAUUCCGCCUGCGUAGCGGUAAGCGGAGGAAACGCCGGUGUUUCCGGUCAGGGGGGCGACCGCCGGUCGGGGGAGGAGGAAUCGAAGCAGGCGGUAUCGUCGCCGGAGGAGACCAAUAUCUACGAAACGGUGACGAUGAGACGGAGGAAGGAGAAAUUCCACGAGAGAAAAGCCAGCUCGUCGAGUUCCAGCGGUAAGAGCACGUCCAGUAUACCGGUGUCGUCGAUGCCCAACGCCGAGAGACAGGUGAACGUCAAACUGAGGGAAAGUGCCGCCCAGAGGCGGGAGAGACGAAAGGGAAACAGGGAGGACGCGCCCCACUCGAGUUCGGGGAACUGGAGCGCCUCGUCGGAGAGCGGGAGGGCCAGCAUAGGCAGCGAAACGACGACUACCACGCAUCCGCCGAGAUCAACAACUACGGCGUCCAUAGGAACGUCCUCGACGUCCUUGAGCCACGUGCGUCGUCCCAAGGGUCGCGACACAUCGGCCUCUUCGUCCGUUACCUCCGAGGGUACUCUUACCCCCGACAUCAUCCACGACAUAACGGCCGUACCCUUUUCCGACGACGGCGAAACGUCGUCGGUCUACUCCUGCGACACGGAGGGUUACUACACGUCCUUCCACGUGGAUUCGGGACUGAAAACCCUCAGGGAGGAGGAAACACUGCCCCAGAGCCCGCUAACGAAAUCCUGCGAUCUCAGCCCCGAAUUGGCCUCGCCUGUAGCCGAAAACGAAUACGAAUUGUUCGGCAGGGGCUCGACCUCCACUACUACAAGCUCAGCCGGCACCGUCUGCACGACACUCCUGGCGCCUCCGCCACCGGAAAGAAAAUCGAGCCUCACGGUAGUCGCGAUGGUACACGGGCAAAAUCAGAACGGCGGUCAGUCGCCGGACAGCGGUCACAACACGUCCUCGUCACCGGUGGAGUCGGCCUCGAGUCCGGCGUGCACGGGACGUUCCUGUUCGGAGUUCGAGUAUUCGGAGUCCAGCGACUUGGAAGGAUGCGAGAGGGUGGAAAGGAUCAGAUCGAAGACGGCGAUAAACGCCAGCAGGAUACCGUCCAUGUGCGUGAUAACGCCGCCGGGAUCGGACGACGAAGCGUCGCCCAAGGAGAUCGAGAGUUUCAGGAGUCACGUCCUCGAGCUGAGGAACGAGAUGGGUAACCACCCCGGAUCCGUGCUGAUGUCCGCCACCGUGGGCACUUCGAAAAUGGAGGUGAUCAACGGACAGGACAAGAAUCCCUACGCCACCGUUCAGACCGUCCUCCCCGCCAAGUUAACGGAGGAAAAAACGUCGGAGAACGUUCGGAGGAGCGGUCAGGGCGGAGGUCAGAAUUCGAAGAGCAGCCCUCUGAGCGGCGUCCUCGGUAAACUUCGCUGCGUCCUACCGAUGGGAAAGAAAAUGGCGACCGCCGCCGCCGCCGCCGCCGCCGUUAAAACCGUCGGCCAGGAGCCGGCGAAUCAGGACUCAGGCGACUAUGUAACCAUAGCCGACGUGAGGAACAACAACGACAAAAGAUCGGAUCAUCCGGCUGCGGUGUCCACAGCCGGAAAUGCCAAUUCGAUCGCUCGGUCUCCGCCGUCGAACGUCACCUACGCCAAUUCCGAACUGUUCAAAAAAGAAGCGGAGUACGUGAGCCUCAGCGAACUGCCGAAGAAGCAGGAUUCGUCGUUGGAGAGACGUAGACAGGGCGCCAGGGUCACCCUCGACUCCGAAGGGAAGGUGGUCUACUCGUCCGACAGCCUGAGGAGAAGAAAGGGGGCGCACACCACGUUCAAUCCAGGACCGUUCGUGAAGGAUGGAAUAUCACCGACUACGUCGCCGUUGCUGCGUCGCGCCCAGGCUACGGUCCGUGCGAUAAAUCGCGAUCCCUCGGGAAGAGGGGGAGGCGUCGUCGGGGACGCGACCGACGGACCUGUGAAAUCUACGCCCCCCACGUCCCCGCAGCUCGGCAAGCUGAUAAUAAGGGCACCGAAGAGUCCGGAAAGAGCGCCAAGUCCGAAUUACGUAAGGACACCGAGCACGGUCGUUGGACCGACUAGCCCCGCGAGCCCGCAGAAACAUCCGAGGGGAGCUUACGUCAACGUGCAAGGGGAAGAAGACAGCGCGUUGCUAGCCGUUCCUAAGGAAUCCGUGUCUACAGAUGCAUCGUGUCAGCGACCACCGCCCUACAUCGAACCGCCACAAUUUAACAGCCGUAUCGGGAAUCACGAGAAAUUACAACAAACGAAUUUACCACCGUACAUAAAACCGCAGCACGUAGUCAAUUAUCAUCACAACGAGAACCAACAGAAACAUCAUCAGAACUACAACAAUCAUCAACGUCAUCACAAUUGCGAUAACAGGAUACAUAAUUACAAGGAGAACAAGCAACAAUUACCCCGAACAACGCAUCAGAUCAAUUCGGAGCUCGCCGGUCGCCAAGUUCUCAGAAAUUACUCGGAAAAUGAUCAUCGCUCCUCCUUAUUCGACGGUAAUCGUCGCAACGACGGCGAAAACUACGCCAGAAAUCAAACGAAUCUGAACAACGAGCGACAAUUUUACGAUCGGCAAACCAGAAAUUACUCAAACAACAACGAUCAACAUCAUCAAUUCCACACACUUCCAUCGUACAGAAGCCCGAGGGAAAUCGAACCGCCCAGGAGCAUCACUCCCGACAUCACUCGUGGUCUGGCCAGAUGUCCGCUGAGUACGAUGCACAUGAUGGCCAGACGUGGACAAAACGUUGGCCCGAUCAAGUCCCAAGAAUUGGGAAGUAAAAUCGGCAACGACACUGCCAAACUGCAGACGAUAUCAAAAAACGGUAAAACAGCUACGGAUAAUUUCAACCGCAAAGAACAACGACAACAGACGCACAAUCCGAAUCAGGAAUCACCAGUGGCUGCCGCGGUACUCAGAAACAGGAUCAUUGUACCGGCCAGUCUAGCGGCGGUCGGGUAUCGUUUCGUGGCAGCCCCCGUGCCUUCUGUGGUGUCCGAUCAGGACCUGAAAGGAUGGAAACAGCAGGCUUCCGACGAACUGAAAAACACCGCGCUCUCGCCAAUAGCACCCAGCAGCAACAAGGCCUUCCAGUCUUCGACCCCUGGCCGAGUGAGCGCGGAAAAUUUGCAGCGGCAUCUAGACGCAGCGUCCGUUAGGCAAACGUCGCAAGGGCAUCAGUCCAAUUGCUCGUCCGGAAGAAGCACCCCGCUUUCGAAGGAGGGCGAACAGGAACGAAACGCCCCGAUGAACCUGGUCCUCUCGCCCACUAAGAGUACAAUGUCGAACGAGGAGUUGUUCGCAGCGAUUCACAAAUCGAAACGCCGAUUGAACAUCAGAGAGGAACCGGAGACCGGAGUAGUCACUCCUAGUGCAGAUUCUAACGCGGCGGGUCAGAAUCAAAUCAGCACCAGGCACAGCUGGAGCCCCGAGUCGCAUAAAACUCCCACAGUGCCGAGAACCGUCAAUCCUCCGUCGACCACAUCGCGCUUGGACUUCAAGCGACUUUUGUUGCAGCAGAGUGUUAAGACGGGACCGACGAAACUUUCGGCCGCCGAGCAGCUGAAAUUGUCGCGUCAGCAGAGCCAACAGCAGCAGUUGUAUCCGCAGCAUCAGCAGGUUCAGCAGUUGCAUCAACAACACGCGGUGCUUCAAGGGCACCAAAUAGCGCAGCCGGUUACGCCCGUUAAAGUAUUGAGCCCCCGAGCGGCCUGGAGAUUCCAGAGUCCGAGAUCGGACGUUCUUUCGUCGACGAUAAUCGAGGACGCGGCGGCCGAGGAGAAGGCGAUGAAACCGUCACCGGAAAAUCCAUCACCCAUAUCCAGAUUGAACUCGAAACGCCAGUUGGAUUUGUGCGGCGAUCUGCGUCGCGACGAAUGCAAAACCGGUCAGGAUCAACCGAGCAAUAAAACGUCGAAAAAUUUUCAAACCGAAAGUUCGAACGUCAGCGAUUCUUCGAGGCCUUCGAUUCGUCAAAGUAUUAUCGGCAAUUACUCCGAAACGGACGCCGCUAAAAUUUCCGGGGAUUCUUACGAGCCCUCGAACUCCGAACUUUACGGUCGGAGUGUUAAUCGGGCGCUAACGUCCGCGGAGAACAGGAGAGCGAACAAUCAGCUGGCUAGGGCGCAAUUUCUGGCCAGUUUUCCCGCCACGUCUACCCCAAAUUCCACGGUACAGAACAAGACUUUUUUCACAAGACAUAAUCGGGCGAGAUCGGAAUCUCCCCAACACAGUCUCAGUCAGAACGUAACGCGUAGCCCGAGCGCACCGACUCUGGAAACGGCGCUAUGAUUUGUUCGUUAGAAUUUUUAUUUCGAAAAAGGGUUGCAAGAGAAAUUGUUUGUUUUUUUUUUUUGUUUUUUUUUUUUAUUUUCAAAAACGAGUGAUGCAGGCGUUUAAUUGUAUCGUCAUUAUAAUUGAUCGCGAUAAGUAACUAAUUUAUUUUCCAAUAAUGUUAUUAUAAUAAUAAUAUAUAAGAUAUUUAUUAUCAAUCGAAUCGACUUUGAAAUUUUGUAAAUAAUACGGUGAAAAAGAUAUCCCCAUGAAUCACGAAUAUGAAUGAAUAUAUGGAUAACAAUAACACAAUGAAUCACACAGUUGAUAGAUUCUUGAUAUCUCGAUCGUUCGCUAGUCUAGUCCCUUGGGUAGACGCGUGAUUUUUAAUUAUGAAUUUUGUUAAAAUUGCUAUUAAAAAAAUCGUGGCAUUGGUCCAAAUGAAGAUGAGAUAAAAACCGAGAUAAUUUUACUUUCGGUACACAAGCGCAGCUGUAAUGUUAACACGCAUCCCGUCUACCCAGAAUUAAAAAGUUGAUUGAAACUUUGUAAAUUAUUUAAAGCUGCGGUGUGAAAUAAUAGAUAUAAAUAUACAACAGUAAGUUGGCUAACAUCGAUGCGACGAUGAUAAUAAUGAAGCUAGUUUUUAUGAUAUAGGUUCCUGGGUAGUAAAUAUAUAUUAAUAUAUUGAACGAUAUUUAAGCUGCUAUUAAAUUCGAGGUUGCCUUAAGUGAAUCAUGUAUGAGAGCUUGUUAAUCAUUAUUAGAAGAAAAGAAUGGAUAAAGGAAAAAGAAAAAAAAAAAAAAAAAAACCAAGUGAGUCUGCAGAAAUAAAAAAGCUGAGGCUACAGACGCACAGCGACAGUACUCAGAUACGAUUAUUAUGUUAUCAUAGUAUCGAAGGGACGUAAUGAUGAUUAAGUUCCUUGUCGAACUGAGGCAGAUAAAUUUCUGUCUAGAAUGUUCUCAGAAUAAUAAAGAUGCGAAUUUUAUACAUUGUA